GUCAGUUGGAAGAGUCAAUCUCCAAAUCCACCCGAAAUCUAUUCAAAGAUGGGGCAUAUACUGUCUAUGCUGUACAAUGUACUUGAGUAUGCUGUGAAUGCUGUGUCAUUUUGGCGCCUCAGUGAACUUCAAUGUUUGAUACAAGAUGUUGGCCUAGAUGCAGUCAAGUGGACAAAAAUAUUGAGGGAAGUGUUAGGCGUGAAUGACAUUUUACAAUUAAAAGCUAUUGCACAGAAUCAUGAAGCAAUCCGAAAGGUAAUUGAACGUGCAGACAAAUACGAAAUAAGUGGGCUGCAUGAACUGUUUGAUAUUACUCAAGAUGAAGAACAAUCAAUCACAGAAUCAGAAAAUAAUUUAUGCGUGAGGCUCAAAGAGUUAGGAUUGGAUGAACGCCAUUGGCUUAGCAUACUGAAGACUAAAUUUGCAGUGUCAAACAUGGAUUCAGUUAAACAUAUCGGACUGGAUAGCUUGAAUGAUUUAAAACAUGUUUGUCAAACAAGAAAUGAAUUGAUGAAACUCCAAAAUCUUUUUGGAAUAGAUAAUGAGUAUCCUUCAUUUGCAUUGCAUUUUGUUAAAGUACAAAACCGUAUUAGAUUAAUUAUGGAUGGUAUUAAGCAAAUCAAGUCAUUACUUUCAAAUGGCAAAACAAGAUCUUGUAAAAGUGUUCACGCCAAAGAACAAUCAUUCAGAGAAAUCCUUCUGCUAACAUCAGCAAACUGGAUACGGCCGAACACCUCACUUGAAGAAGUACUAAAUGAUUUGUCCAAAUUGAGCUGCUUUUUAGAGGCACCUAUACCUACACAAGAUCUGCUGCCCUCCCAUCUUAUUCAAUCAUCUUCUUGUGGAGUUUGUUUGAAAGGCGUUCUUUACACUGGAAAUGGAAAUUACAUUUUUUCUGCCAACUAUCCAGUUUUAAAAGCUCCCUCAACGGUUCGUCUCAAUGGUUCAAAUUUAUCUAUAACGGAGGUGAUUAUCGAUGGAGACGAUGAGCACGUGAAAUCGUUUAUUGAACAUACAGAUAAAUAUGGAUGUGUUUCAGAAUAUGUUAAUCUACCGUCUAGUAACGGCAAUAAAUCGACUGCAAGGAUGAAAAAAAAUCCAAUUGCGUCAUUCACAUUUAGAAGAGACGAGCUGAGGUUUAGUGAUAGUGCUCUAGAACAUCUGAAAAGAAUCGGUACAAUGAUAGACGUUGACGAAAUCAGAGGGAUGGAGUGCUGUAAAGAGUUUCUAAACAUUUAUGGAUCUCAUAUUUUUCAAGGGCCUUUUCAUUUCGGUGGAGUUCAUUGGAUAACUGCAACAGGUUCAACAGUAGUCGCUCGUGGGGAUGUUGAUACACAGGCCAUCAAUCUUGAAUCUAUAGCAGCAUUCGAUAAGGCUCCAUUAGGCAGAUUUGGUCUUAGUUCUGAGUAUGAUGCUAAAAAAGAAAAAGGGAAAAUUAGAAUAGAAUACAAGACCCGUAACUCUAAAUGUUCAGUAAUAAAGGCUGUAACUUCCGGUGGUCAUAAAACAUUCUCUUAUUUGCCAACAUGGAAAUUGGGAAUGUCAGCAGAUAUUUCAUCAUGGAAUGUCAUUGAUCGAGGAACGGGUUUUACUGUUGCGAUUUGGGAAAUUCUAAACGAAAACUAUUCAUCACAUAUUGAGAAUGCUUCAACUAUAAGUUAUUAUCUUUUCAAAGCUUGGGUGGAUAUGUCAAAUGUGCAUCAUAUCUUUAAUAUUUCAUCUGAAUUACAAUAUCUGAUAAACGAGGCCCGUACAUACGUAACAUCUUUAGAAAAUAUUGAUGUGACAGAUGGCCAACGCUCAAUUCUUGAAAAUCUACUGAAAAUAAAAGAAAAUGUUAUCAAGCAUACAAGAAGUAUCAGAGCAUGGUCUGAUAUUUUCCUUGGAAGCAAAGCUUUUGACAUUUUAAAUGUUCUAAAACGUUUAAUGAAUUCCCCUAUACAUGAUACACUUGCAAUGGUUUUUAAGGUUAUUAACGACAACGAUAUGUUAAACCAACCGUGUGUAUCAAAUGACAAACUUAAUGAAUAUCGUAAUUGGCUACACAUUUUAGAAAAAGUAAAAGAGGAGAGAAAUGGUAGAAACAACCAAGAAAUUUCAGAGUUCAGCGACUUCACUCUACUUUUGGAAAAAGCUAUAAUGGAUCUUGAAGACCAAAGGCAGCACACAUCGUCAAACGUCGCAGCGUAUCUGUCGACAGCAGUGAUUCGACUUGUCAAUGUAUUCCAACGUCAGAAUCGGCUAUCAGAUGCUAAGUUUCUUUUGGCCCUGACGACACCACUGGGGUUUAGUGAAACAACAGGAUUCCUGCAUACAAAAUUGACUAUCCAAGACAUUAGCAACCUUGUACUUACGGUCAAAAACAACGUUUCGACAUAUACAAAUAUGAACGACGAGGAAAGAAAAUCAGUUUUUAUCUUCUCUACGCUUUUAGAAUCGACAAUGCUAACUGGCGACUGCUAUAACCUGAAACACAAACUUAAAAAAUCAACACAGGACCUACCAAGAGAGAUCAGAGACACAAUAGAUUCUUUGGAAAACGAAGAUCCUGAUAACUGGAUGAAAAUUGAAUUUUAUAUUCAACAAUAUUAUGGACAAAUAAAUAGCCACGAUCAAGACCUGAGCCUGCGCAGUUCAUUGUUCAAAGCCAUGCAUUGCGACAAAGAGAUAUAUGGAUCAAGAAAUAACAUUCCAAAUAUAUAUGAAUUAAAGCCUCAAUGCCCUGAUAUCAUUAAAGUGUUAAAUUUAGAACGGCAUUUCCCCAAGAAAAUAACCCGCCAAAAAGCCCUUAUGGUUUCUGAAAAUGUAAUUUUACGCGAUGAUCUUCAACACAUUAGCAACAUUCCAUGGUACUUGUUGCAAAGCAUUAUCCUGUGUAACUACGAUGGACUUUUUUUGGAACCUAAUCAGACGUCUAUGAAUUAUUCCGGUGGAAAGACAUUUUCAGCACUACUGAAUACACCCGCAACAGUAAACAAAGGAAAUAGCACAGCAGGCAUUCAAUUUAAUCCUGCUGAUGUACUGGUUGCUCUUUUUAUGUGUGCCGAUGACUUCUUAAGGCAAUUAAUCAUGGAGAAACUAACAAUGUGUCAGUUAAGUAUUCCUUUACUUCUUCCAUUAAUUGUUGAUGGUUCCCACAGUUGUGAAAUGCUUCUUUGGGCGACAAGAACUAUCAAGAAACAAUGGAAAACUUACUCCGGAACAUCGUGUGAGAGAUCAAUGUCUUUGCAUCCAAUUCCAAUCGUGUCUGCACUGCGCAUUGGUAGGCUUUCCAAAUCAAAAUCCAAGAUGCUCAACGCUGUUAUCAACGAUCAAAAACAUGACGUUUUCUUUCACUACGGAAGUAAUGGUGGUAAUAUUGAAAGAACUAUAUCAACCGGCUUAUUAGAAUUGACAUGGUACCUUCCAACUGGUAGAAAUCGGGAUAAAUUUGCUGAUGCUCUAGCAAUUAUGAAUUUACGAGGAAAUGCAUCGCAUCUUAAAGAUCAGACAGCCUUUUUAAGUGAGGUGUCAUUUGCAACCAUUGCAUUCAUCACCCCUGACAUGCUUGAUAAAUAUGGAUCCGAUUUACUUGAGUUGUUGUACCAGCAAAAUGGCUACUUAGUUAUUGUGUCGGUAGGCCCCCCUGGGAAAGAUAUGACAAAGUUACUUCUGUCUUUGGAGCAACGGUAUUCUAAAGGUGAGGAUCCGCCAAAACAAUCAGUAUUGAUAUAUUCUUCGGAAAAAAAUGAGUUACAAAUGAGUGGAGAAAUAAGAAGUACUCUUAAUUAUCUCCUUUCGAAAGAACGUUGUGGCGUACCUAAACGGAGUAUAGAGAAGUGUAGCGCUGUAUGGAAAAACAUUGGUUUUUACGUUGAUGAGGACACAAAAGAAUGUUUAGAUGCGAAAGCAGACGCUGAAGAAAUGUUGACAAGUUUACAACAUCAAACAGGCGACAGUGAUAAUGCUGAAGAAAAAAUAAAACUGUUACCUCUGCAAAUGAUUGCAAUCGAAAUUGCUGAAAGAAACAGAGAACUAUGCCAAUUAAAACAGAAAGGAAAUAUGGCAACUGAACAAUAUAUUGACAAAGUACAAUCAGACCUCAAUCGGUUACGAAUCAAGCAAAAAUAUGAUUGUAGCUGUUUUUCAAACCUGAUAAAAAUAUUCAUGAAAUCUUUUUCAUAUCCACCGCUAAACCGAAAAUAUUUCUAUUGCUGGGUUAAAAUAAUGGCGGAUCAGUGUAGUAUCAAUCAAUUGCAGCCAGUACGCGAGGAGUACAAUGCCAAAUGGAACCAAUUAUGUAAUGCUGUAUACAAAAACCAAAAUAAGCCAACUACAGAAAUAGAAUCCUCAAGAAAAAUCCUUGAUGAACUUCAGCGGAAACUUACAAAUCUCUCUGUAGGUUUGGAACAUUUUAAUAGAGAAAUUGCACAAAUCUACGAAAUGGUAUUGCAUUUCAAGUUGCCAACUUCAUCGUAUUCUGUUCAGCGAUUUCCAAUGGUUGCCGCCGAUAUGUUACUUGAAGGACAUCCGUUGGAAUUAAUGGAUGGUGAUGCGUCGCAUGUUCCUAUUAAAUGGAUAAAAGAUGUAAUGUCGUGCCUUAAAAACAAAAUGGGCAAUAAACGGUUGUUCGUGCUGUCUGUAUUAGGUGUACAGAGUACUGGCAAAAGGCUGGUGACAAAUAUGAUGACCAUCGUACAGAGUACCAUCGGCCACAAGGAGUUGCUGGGUAUCGUAGGGUGGACACAGGCAAACUUUGUGUCAACGUAUGCACUUCAUCUGUAA